GAAAACCCGCACCCUAAACGAAAAUAACACACUGAAUACUGAGCCAAUACCAUGUGCCCCACUUCGCUCCUAUAAAAAUUGCCCCUCUUUCUCGAUUUCCUUUCCCUCGGACUCUCUCUUCUUCCCUUCUUCCCUUAAUCAUCUCUAUUAUUGAUUAUCAGAUCAGAUAUCUCGGAUAUCUCAAAAUGGGCGUCACUAAGCAAACUCUUGAACCCGGUAACGGUGUUGACUUCCCUCAGGUGAAGGACAACGUCGCCAUCCACUACACCGGAUGGCUGUUCAACCCCAACAAGCCCGAGAACAAGGGAGAUCAGUUCGAUAGCUCCGCCACUCGGGGUCCCCUGAAGGUGGCCAUUGGCACUGGCAAAGUUAUCCAAGGUUGGGAUGAGGGCGUCCCCCAGCUGAGCUUGGGAGAGAAGGCCCUGUUGACCAUCACCGGCGACUACGCUUACGGCCCACAGGGUUUCCCCGGCCUGAUCCCUCCCAAUGCUACCCUUCUCUUCGAGGUCAAGCUUAUCUCCAUCAACGGCAAGAGCAUCUAAGCGGUAGUUGAUUACGUUAAAUGAACUGACUCAAGUGUGGCCAUUGUGACUUUUCUAUAGAUGAAUGUGACCAAGUGGAUCUAGUGAUCCUUGUCGUUAGCGAUCCGGGAAUGCUUAGCGUAGGGUUGACGCCUUUG